AUGGCGCAGACGGUGAACGUGGGGGAACUGACGCUGCCGCAGCUGGAACUGCUCAAGGGGCAGCUCGACCAGGAGGUGGAGUUCCUCUCGUCCUCCAUCGCCCAGCUCAAGGUGGUGCAGACCAAGUACGUGGAAGCCAAGGACUGUCUCAACGUCCUCAACAAGAGCAACGAAGGGAAGGACCUGCUGGUGCCACUCACCAGCUCCGUAUAUGUACGUCCCGGGAAGCUCUCGGAUGUCGAGCGCGUCCUGAUCGAUGUCGGAACCGGCUACUACGUGGAGAAGACGGCAGACGACGCUCGAGACUUUUUCAAGCGGAUCGACUUCCUGACCAAACAGAUGGAGAAGAUCCAGCCGGCGCUGCAGGAGAAACACGCCAUGAAGCAGGCCGUGGUGGAAAUGAUGAGCCAGAAGAUCCAGCAGCUCACGGCCCUGGGAGCCGCCCAGGGUGCGACCACCAAGGCGUAGCCUUCGGCCUCACCAUCGCCGCUGGGACGGGAGCGGAGGCCGGAGGGAGCCGUGGGGUGCGGUGCAGCCCCCCCACUCCCGCCUCUCCAUCCCGGUUCUCCGGUGGCUCUUCCCCCCCUGUCCGGUGGUGCCCGGCAGCGCCAGCCCCCCCCUUUUUGUAGGCAGCACCUCGCUGUCGCAGCGCGGGAAUAAACGAG